AGACAAGCCUACGCCUGUAUGAGUAGUUGUAAGGCGCCAUGUUUGUGGAGUGUGUACAGGGAGUUAACCAAAAGUAAUUCAUGAAGGUUACAAUUUAAUGUGUAUUGACUUCUGUUAUAUAAGGAAUUCCAAAAAUGGGUUGUCUCAUGAAGAAACCAAAUGAUCCAUUUGAAGUUCAGUGCUUAUUUCCUGAGCACACGGAAGAAUUUUCUCUUUAUUUCCACUCUUCCGGUGGGCAGCAAGAACUAAUUGCCGACUGUGUUUACAAGGAAAAACACGACUGUUACUUCACAGAAAGUGGUUUCAACAUGACUCAUGAUGAUGAUAACGUCCUUACAAUAGCAGUGGCUGAUACAAUAUGGAAACAGACAGGAAGAUUUCUUUGUCAGAAAGGGGGACAGCUUUUGAAUGUCUCAUGCCAGUUCCCUUCAGAACAUUUCAUUUCGGGCAACAGUACAACAUCUGAAGAUGGGUUAAUUACCAGAGAAAAUUUCACUUUGAAUAACAGUUUAAUAUCUCAAGCCAGCAAGAGUAUGGCAGCAGAUAACAAUCCAGGAGUCAUCGGUACUUAUAUUGGAGUUGCUGUUUCCAUCAUGUUGAUCCUGGUCAUCACCGUUCUGUUGUUGAAGAAAUACAAUUCAAAAAAACAUUUCUUAUUUCUCAAGAAAUGUACCAAGGGUACACGACAUACAUGGGACUUUCAGAGGCAAAUAUCUGGAGAAAGCAAUGGCAGUGGAAACUCAGCUACACCUUUCCUUCAAAAUGCUUAAGCAAAAACCGUUCUGUGUAUGGGUAGAUAUCAGUUACUGAGACUUGAGGAAAUAAUGUUGGAUAGUAGGAAAUCAAGCUCCACAUUGGGAGUCUAAAAAAGAAAUUAUCAGUUCCUACGUUUCUAGAGGACAAUUAUGUAUAAAUUUGUGGCACAAACUUUUAUUGUUUUGCAAAGAAAUUUACUAUUUUACAACCCACAUUAAAUUAUUUUUGUAGUAUUUUGUGUUCAAUUUGGUUAACGUUAACACUAAUAAAUUAAAUUGUCACUGUAACUGUGUUGUCAGUUUUCAUCCAAAAGUAUUGAACAGGCUUUCGCCAGUCGAAUACGAACAUGGGACUCUGUACAGUGUAAUAACUGCCUUCAUCUCCACAAUAUUUAAAGGCGGUCAUGUAGCGCUACGGUUAGCACCUGUCACCAGUACUUUGAUGAUUGGUCAUCCUGGAUUCAGAUCUUACCUCUGGCACGAUGGUUUUUCUCUGCAGGGGUUAACAGCUUAGCCUUAGUAGUAGCUUGAAUUGCUGGCUAUGGAUAAAACACCAAUUUCACCCUAUAUUCCUUUUACCUACUCAGUGUUUACUGCCGAUCGCGACACACUAUAAUUGACUGCUUCCGUAAAUUUUAAUUAAAGUAUUUUAAGCGCUCAUCUAUGAACUAUCAAAAAGUCACAGUUAAUCUUCGAUGUAUAAAAUAAAUAUUAUGGUCAGGUGACA